AUGGAGGAAAUGGAUUUCUGCGAGUACCUGCCCGGUGGGAAGAGCCACGAACGAUGCCAAGGCCGCCUCGCCGAGUUCAGGCGCGGCAUGGCCGAGGCCAUCGGCACCUUCGCCCUCGUCCUCGUCAGCUGCCUGGCCAGUGCCAGUCCCUACAGCACCGACAUCAGCAAGUCGCUGGCGGUGGGCAUGCUGGUGAUGGGCCUCGUGUUCUCCAUCGGCCAGGUCUCCGGCGCCCAUUUCAAUCCCGCGGUGUCGGUGGCCUUCUCCCUCCGCUUCGCCUUCCAGUGGUGGCGACUGCUCUACUACAUCCCCGCCCAGUUCGGCGACGUCGGCGCCUCGCUUCCCGAGGGCAUGACCAGCCAGGCCGCGCUCGGACUCGAGAUCGCCUUCUCCUCCAUCUUCCUCUUCAUCGUGCUCAACGUCGCCGAGCGCGCCAAGGUGGUCGGCCCCAACGGAGCGCUCGCCACCGGCCUUGCCCUGAUCGCCCUGGCCACCGUCGGCGGGCCAUUGGGCGGCACGUCGAUGAAUCCCUUCCGGUCGCUGGCGCCGGCGCUGCUGGCGGGCGGCAAGGCACUGGACGAGGUGUGGCUCUUCAUCGUGGGUCCGCUCGUGGGCGCAGUCAUCGCCGUGCUGCUCACCUUCCUGCUGGGCUCGCGCGUGCACCCGCUGGCCUACCACAAAGCCACCGGGAUUGGUAGGUCGGGUCCCGAGGAUGUGGAAGAACUGUUGGCUGGCGACCAGGAACCGACCGAGCGCUAA